CCUUUACUGCUUUUCUUGGAGUUAUCUGUAUCGGGUGAAUGUGUUUCAUUCCAUACUUUGUCUUCUGUUAUUUCCUUAUGUUGCACUGUAAAGUAUACGAAAUACAUAUGGUGCAAAUAUUCGAUUCAAAAGGACCUAUGUACUACAGAUUUAAUAAUGAUUUAAAGAUAACCUUCUGACGAUACAUUAAUCGCGGCCUUUUUAAGUCUUGCAUGGGUCCGCGAUGAAUUGGCGAAAUCGUCAAUAGUUACGUCUGUGGGAGUAUGAGAAUGAAACAAUUGUUAGUAAAUAUGUUGUUAUAAACAAUAUUGUUUCAAGUACGUAAAUUAACCUCCGAUAAAAUUCUUUCCACUCCCGGUACUGGUCUUUCUAUAGGACUUUUUUCGUGAUAUAGACAUGUCGUUGAAUGCUAUGUGAAUCUAUAUUUAAUAAUCAAUUAGGAACCAAUUUGCAACGAAAUAUAACGUAAAAUUUACAAGUAUUUACAUCAACAAUAAAUGACACUAUGAUCGCCUAUCAUACUUCUUUUAAAGUCGAUAGGGCAAAUGCACUUGUCAAUGCUCAGGUGUGUUGUAUAUACUUACUACAUAGUAUGUUGUGUUUCAUACGAAUUUCACAUUAUAUCUAACUGAAUUUUUCAUUUUAAUAAAUUAUCCCAUGUCUUUAUGAAUGUUCAAUAAACCACAUAAACUUGUAACAAUUGAGAAGCGUACUAUAAUAUUGGAAAGAAUUAAUGACUUCUUAAAAACACUAGUCAAUUGACGAAACACGUGUGGUGUAGUUCAUAGAAUUAUUUUUCAAAAUGAGUUCUGGCGAAGAAGAGCGUGAUGUCUUCAUUUUUCUACAGCAACAAAACUGUUGCUUAAGGUGCUGUUUUCGCUUCAUUGGGUGGAAAGCAUGGAGGGAAUGUUAUCACAAUCCCAUAACACUUGCAAAAACUUUAGGCUAUAUUACAGAAGAUGCUUCCAUUAUUGAUAAAGUACCCUGUGUGGCUUGUCUAGGAAUUCUUCAAGACCAAACAUUAGAUUUAGUCAUCCAAAAAAUACAGACUGAAGUAGAAAAACAAAAUUACGACAGUGAUACAUUUUCAUGUGCAUUGACAAUACCUACAUGUGUAAGUCUUAGGGAACGUAUAUUACAUGCGAAAUGGAUUGAUAAAUUUUCUCUGAUAAAAGAUGAAUUGCAUCAACUUAAAAGGAAACUGGAGACUAUAAAGGACAUUUGGAAAGCAGUAGUUACUCCUAAAUUAGAAAAAGCUGUCAAUAAAAAAGUGGAUUUAAUAACUCCCUCUGCUUUCCUCAUUGAGAUUAUUUUAUCAUACAAAGAGAAUGAUAAGGAAUGCGAAGCACUAGAAAACUUGUGUGUAGGAGCAAACAAUACAGGGAAAAAACGAAAGAGAAGAAAUAACGACAAUAGAUUCAGCAGAAAGAGUGUAGAAGCUUUGAUAACUAAUGUAACAGAAGAAGAAUUCAAUAAAUUUGUCAGAAGUUUUUCACUCAAUGUAUCUACAAGCAUUGAUAUAGGAAAUAUUGCAUGCUCGCAUUCAAGCAUUUUUAUAGGAGGGAGAUACAACAAAUUGUCUAGAGAAAUCAGCCAAACACCGUGGUUUAUAAAUGGUGAAAAAAAGAUGGAAACAUCAGUUCAAGAUCUAUUAUGUAAUCCUAUUGCAGAUGCUGUAAAAGCUCAAUCUAUUAAAUUUUUAUCAUCUGGAAGAGAGGAUGUGGAUGUGAGAACUAUAUACUCUGGAAGACCAUUUGCAGUCGAAUUGAUUAAUCCUCGUAUGACAAAAAUAACAGACGCGUUAUUGUCAAACCUAAUCCAGAAAAUUAAUCAGUCCUCUAAACAAGUACAAAUCACAACAAAUUUGAAAGUCUUGUCUAGACUUGAUUUAAAGAAACUAAAGAAAGGAGAAAAGGUUAAAACGAAAAUUUAUCGAGCAAUUUGCAUCUGCCGCACUAAGCCGGAAGAUAUGUUGUCUCUUGAAAAAUUAAAUAAUAUGAAAAGAAUAGAAAUAAUUCAGAAAACACCGAUUCGAGUGUUACAUAGGCGGCCUCUAAGUCCAAGGAUACGUGUAAUAUAUGAAAUGAGAGCUCGUUGGAUGAAACCUCAAGAAUCACAGGCAUUAUUGACAACUGCAAGCGAAGAUCCCAGUAUGUUUUUCGUGUUGGAUAUUAAAACGCAAGCUGGUACAUACGUUAAGGAAUUCGUACAUGGAGAUUUUGGACGAACCAAACCUAGUUUAUGCGAUAUUCUUAAAGCUGAAGUUGAUAUAGUUGCAUUAGAUGUAACAGGUAUCAACCUUGAUUGGCCUUAAAAAUUAUAUUAGUGCUUCAACCACUUUUGAAUAUCGUUACAAAUUAUAAUUGUUAUGUUUGUAUAAUAACAGAGGAACAUAGUGAAUCUACUCGUACACACUAAUUUUAAUGAAUAUUUCACAAAAGAUAAUUUUUAGGAAAAUAUUUAAAAUUAUUUUGUUCAAUGUAAUUAAAACACUUAGUUUAUCUAAAGAAGUAGUCAUGUUCAUUUCCUUAUAUCUAUUAUCUGUUAUAUUAUCUAUAUUGGUAUACAAUGUAUAAUCUAUGUAUUUAAAAAAUUGUAGACUUGUUACAGUUAUACGAAAUACUUUUAUAAAAUUAUUUAGAAGAACAAGAUUAAAUAUUUUUCAUGAACGUGCGUCCUUAUGUUUUAGAAUCCAAAAGUGUUUUUUGACAGCGGCCAUAGAAAUUCUUUCCGAACUUUUGCGUUUUAUUAACUGCAAAGAAAUAUAAGGUACAAUUCACGUGAACAUAAGAUUAUAAAUACAAUUAGAAAACAAAUUAUUAUAUUACCUUUGAUAUGAGGUCUUUAGCACCAGGCGUUAUUUGCGACGGCCAUUGUAUAUUUAACGUCUUUAUUUUAGCAUAGGUUUCUUGUUGGGAAUCACUGAGAAAAGGUGGUUUACCAACUAGAAAUUCAUAACACAGAAUGCCAAGGCACCAAUGAUCAACAUAUAUAUCGUAUGUUUGUCCAGUUACCAUUUCUGGUGGUAAAUAGUCUAAUGUUCCACAAAGAGUGUUCCUCCUAUAAUUACCAAUAUUCUCAUUAGUUCUUUUUCAUUCUCUUCCAACAUCUUUAAUAUCAAAUAUACCCACUUUGAUGAUGGUGCAUGGACAGACCACCCAAAGUCUGCUAACUUUACAUCCCCAUCAUAUGUAAGCAACAAAUUUUCUGGUUUUAUAUCUCUGUGAAUUACGUUGUUCCUAUGACAAUAUUCUAAAGCAUCCGCAACUUGAAAAGUAUAUUUUGCAGAUCUAAGAAAUAUUAUAAGAUUAAUUUAAAAUGUAGCAGAAUUUUAAAAAUAUUAAUUUGAAAAUACAUACAAGUGUUCAUUGAAUCUUUCAUUUGGUUGACGUUUCAGUUCUUUAUAUAGUUCUCCUCUAGCUGCAAAUUCCAAUACAAGGUAAAUGCGUUUAUGAUCAUGAAAAUACGUCAACAUUUGAAGAAUAUGAGGAUGCCUAAAAAUGAAACAUUACAAUGUGCUCAAAUUUAAAAGAACAUAUAUUAUAGCUUCAUGUAUCACCUCAAAUGGGUUUGAAUCUCAAUUUCACGCAUUACUUGUUUCUCCACACGACCCUUCAUUAAUUCUACUUUGUAUAAAGUCUUUAAAGCAACCAUAUACUGUGUGGUUUUUUCUCUAGCUAAAUACACACGUCCAAAUUUACCACGACCCAAUGGCGAACCAAUUUCAAAGUCAUUUAAAUUCCAUUGGUAUCUAUAAAAUAAAAUCAUAAAUUUCUGAUGUUUGUUUCUGAUAUAAGUUUAAUAUAUACCUUGGCCCUCUAUUGUCAACGUGUUCUUCCAUUUUGUAUAAAGUGUCAAGAACAAUUUCUUUAUAAUCAGAUGGAAUAUUCUGAGACAACUUAAAGGCGUCUCUGAGUGCCAUGACUUAUUAUACCCUAGAAAAAUUACCUUCUCUU